AUGCAACCGAAUGAAAAUGUUGCUUUAGCGAGCGACCUCGCCGCUAUUAGCGGCAGCUUAGCGCGGGGCGGCGAGCGCCGAUUCCGGCUACGGCGGCCAAUCUCAUUGAGAUUAGCCAACUGCGCAGGAGAUAUUAUAGUGCUCAAGUGUACGCGCAGACACAAGUGCACUAUCUAUUCCUAUCACUCUCAUACUCCAGUGGGACGACUGCUCGACACGACCGGUGAGAGU